AUGAACAAAUCCUCGCUUGAUAGUUUGGCGCACAUUGCCAAUAUUAGCGAAGAUCUCAAUAACCAUCUCGGCCACAUAAAACGAGAAAAUGAAAUUUCAGACCAAUCUGGUCAAGAUCCAAACCAAGAUUCCGAGGCAGAUAGAAAAAAGACUCGCCGUUUGGCGUGUACAUGUUGCCGCCAACAGAAGUCAAAGUGUGAUGCCCAUGCUAGAUAUCCAUUGCCUUGUACACGAUGUGCAACGAAAGGCUUGACUUGCGAGCUCAAAAAAGGUUUCAAAAGAACCGAAAAACGUGCUCGUUUGGCUCUGAUUGAAAGAGAAUUCGCUGAAUUGAAACGCUCGUUCCAGGGGCCUGUAGUAGCUGCUGCUGACCCGCUACGUGCCAUGCCUUCAAUGACAAACGCUGCAGUUGCUGGAUCUCAAGCUCCGGAGCUGCCCAUGGCAUUUUUCAAGGCAGUAUCGUCCUCUCGUUUUGCAACUCCCAAUUCACAAUCUCCUGGUCCUCUAGAUCGAGUCCAACUUGCGGGUUCAGAGAUGGGAAUUGAUCCAAAAUCUCACGCUCUGAUUCCUGCUCUGAUGCCCAUCGGAGCAGUACAUGAGCCGCUCGGGCUGUUGUACGCGGGCGGAAGAGCUGCUAUCAGUGGCCCUUCGACACUAAGAUCCCAUAGUACACUUAGUUCCAGUAGUCCUCAGCAAGAUUACAGCAAGAUAUCUCUACCGGAAAGUGCUCUUGUUUGCGAAGAGAAGAACCUUGAGGACGUUUCUCUCUCAGCAGAAAUGAUUAGAUCCCUCUUCUUGGAGUAUGUUCAAAAUUACCAUCCCAUUUUGCCUAUUGUUGAUGUAACUCGUGGCCCUGAACGAAUCUACAGACUAUGCCCUGCUCUCUUUUGGGUCAUUAUCUAUGUGACGCUCAGGAGAUAUAAUGAGGACAAAUCAUUGUUGGUACAGCUCUCUCCUUUGGUUAAAAACAUCCUUGCAGAGAUCACCAUAUCUCCGAUCGCACGGUACAAUCCCACUGAGGAAGACGAGCCGCUUAUGAACUCUUGCUCGGUCCAUUCUGUCCAAGCUUUUGUUCUUUAUUCUAUGUGGCCACCUUUGACUUCCUCGUUGAGUGCAGACUCAUCAUGGAGUACGAUUGGUGUGGCUCUCUAUCAGGCUAUUAGAAUUGGUCUCCAUACUUCUGGCCAACUAAUAGAGCAGUAUGCUGGUGUCGAAGAACAAGUCCAGCAAUAUGAAAUGGCAAAGGAGCAAAUGAAGACAUGGGUAUUCUGUAACAUAGUGUCCCAGCACAUCGCUUCGGCUUUCGGAUACCCAGCAUUUGUUCAGUUCGACACAUUCUCUGCUCAACAAUGUGACUUACCCGUCAUGACUCGUCAUAUCAUGGAAAUUGCUCAGUUCGAAGACCAAGUAUGUAAAACACUCAAUUUGGCAACCUUCAGUGGAGCAGCACAAACAAACGAGCGAAUCGCUUUGCUCAAAGUUUUGGCAAAUCAACUCGACGACUUAGAAUUGAAGGUUGUCCUGGAGUGUUCUCAAGAAAACGGGUUCAGGAAGCUACAAUUUAUUCUCGCAAGAAUACAUUUGCUCUCUUUCUAUUUCCUUGACGCAGAAAACAUUUCUCCCUUCGAACUUUCAAAGGGUCUUGUACGUCUUUACAACGCUUCAGUGUCCCUAAUUGAGCACGUUCAAAUGUGCCAGGCGAAAAACAGUCGUUUCGUGGAGUAUCUCCCAGCUGUUUCUAUUUUGAACAUUUGGCAAGCAUCCUUUUUCAUAGUGAAAUUAGCCAACUCACCCAUGAAAUCGGUGAUUGACGGAAAUGCUGCAAAAGAGAUCUACAGCAUCGCCGUGGAUUUAGUGGCAAAAGCCUCGAUCAUGAAGCACGACGUUUCUUACAGAGGUAGUGGAAUCAUGAGAAAUAUGUGGCAAUUGUUCAGUCGACUAGACGAGAAAAAUCAGGUCACAUUGAGAAUCUCGAUCAAGUCUAGAAUGGCAGCAUCUGUUUUCUUUGACUGUUUGUCGCUUCUCAGAGAUAAAGUGGGCUUGGCAAAGCUCAACAUCAAGACAGAUGUGCAUGGCAAUUCAGAGUCCAAUGAGGACGGAGCAGGCUCCUCCUCCGACGAAAAUGAUCAAGUUGGAGAUGGAAAUGCUAUCAACGCGUCGGAUGACGAAACUAUAUCUGCCAAUGCACACAAUUCGGAUAAAACUGGGGCCAACGAUAGCCAGCGGACAACUCCUGGUAGUUAUGGAAGCUCUGGCCGUGCUCGGAAAAAACGUCUGCUCUCAGAUGCCGAAGAUCCGGAGCAGACAGCGAGACGGAUCAUUCGAACAAUUCCACUUGACCCCCAGCCGAUUUCAGCUUCUAAGCGCAGCUCAAUAUUCAAGGUUGUGAAUGGUAGCAAUCAAACGUCUCCAAGCACAAGUGUAAAGACGGAUGAACAUACUAUUAGCGGGCCGCCGUCCGCUGCACCUCAGCAUGGGUUCAACGAUGGACAUGUCAAUAAUGGACGGUCAAGUAAGGGACAAUCAGUUUUAAAUCAGAAUUUGACUGUUCCAACUUUGAUGAACAAUAAUUCAGAGUCGAUUGGAUCAGGGUAUCAAGGGUCAGGAUCUGGCUUCGAAGAUAUCAACGUUCUGUUGGAGGAAGAUCUUUUCGCAAACAACGAUAUGUUGUGGAAAGAUGUUGAUAGUCUUAUGAACGAUUUUGGAUUCCAUGCGUGA